CGCGGGGCUCUCAUUGUACUUUGCCUUUAAGCGCAGAUGAAAGGCUGUUGUGUAAUUUGGGUGAAAGAGGAGUAGGAGGAGCGGACCGAAUGGAGGACAGCUUUCUGUGACAGACCGAGGAGGACUCAGACAGGAGUGUGCAGCCAUGGAGCUCAUAGUGCUAUCAGGAGGUGUUCUUGUUGUCCCCAUCCUCGCCUUCAUCACCUCCUUCCUGUUCUGGCCUGGAACGCUCCUCAAGGCCUACAACUGGUACUGGCGUCGCAGGCUGGGGCUGGUGGUCCGCUACUCUCACAGUGGAAGUUACCGCUUCUGUUAUUCCUGCCGCGGGACGCCAGGAGGCGCCACGCCAUCGUUGCUGCUGCUGCACGGCUUCUCCGCCACCAAGGACAUGUGGCUGCCUGUCAUCAAGUAUCUCCCCAGAAACCAGCAUGUGGUGUGUGUGGACAUGCCCGGGCACGAGGGGACGAGUCGCACCGGGGCAGAGGACUACAGCAUUCAGGGCCAGGUCGCCCGAAUCCACCAGUUUGUGCAGAGUAUCGGCCUGGAUAAAAGGCCCUUCCACCUGGCCGGGACAUCGAUGGGUGGGAACGUGGCAGGGGUUUACGCUGCCCAUUACUCCGCUCACCUGUCCGGCGCCACUUUGAUUUGCCCGGCAGGUCUGGUUUAUCCCACAGACUCUGAGUUCAUCAGUCGUCUGAAGGAGUUGGAGAACAGCCAGAAGGAGGAGUCGAUCCCUCUGAUCCCCUCCACCCCUCAGGAGCUGGAUGACAUGCUGAGACUCUGCUGCUACACCCCACUCAACCUCCCCCGGCAGGUCCUGCAGGGUCUCCUUGACAACAGGAUCCCCAACAAUGGUUUCUACAAAGAAGUGUUCAUGGAGAUUGUCGGGGAGAAGUCUCGUCACUCUCUGCAGGAAAACUUGCAUCUGAUCACAGCACCUGUGCAGGUCAUCUGGGGGAAGGAAGACCAGGUGGUGGACGUUUCGGGAGCGGCGGUGCUGCAGGCGGCCCUGCCAAACUGCCUGGUGGAGCUGCUGGACAACUGUGGUCAUUCUGUGGCGUUGGAGCGGCCCAGGAAAGCUGCCCAGCUCAUCAUGAACUUCCUGUCUGCGCAGGAAGUCAACAGUGAAAACGUUAAGAAACUUUCCUAAAGAAAACUCCUGAACUUUAUGCUGACAUAUGACCUCAUGAUGGAUAAUGAAGGCAAGAAUGAAGAUGAUGAGGAUAGGGACGACAACACGCAAAAAUGGGACAGUCUGUCAAAUAUUCCUGAAGUUUUUACAUGUUUGGUUCAUACCAUGAAGGAGGCUGUGGUCUAUGUUUUAGAUAUUAAUGGUGAAUUAAAUAUUCCAUGUUGA